AUGCCUCCAUUCUCCAAAGAAGCUCAGCUUGUGCACGACUACGAGCCUGCACCUGAAGCGCCAACGACCACGACUUUGCCAGGCUACCCUUUGGUUAUAUUGAACGACGCUCCCUGCAUAAGACAAUUUCUGGAGCAGGAAUUCUGGAGCAGAGACUUAGAAAUGAUGGCGCCGCAUCUCUGGAUUCUGACGACUUUCUCGAGCGCUAAUAUCAGCCCGUUGCACCGCCAGCGGAUCAAGGGUCGUGAGAUCAUCGUCACGGAAGAGCCACGACUGCAUCUGGUUUGGAUAUAUGAUCGAAUCUUUAUAAAACCUCUGCCACGAUAUCUGCUAUCACAGACAUUCUGGAAAACAUAUCUAGAUACGGGCUCAGACCAAGCGGGCUACAGUCGGAGCGACCUCUGUAAGGCUGCGACUGGGUUCCUGCGGACGUACCGCUAUUUGAUCCGACACGAAUCCGACUUUCACAUUGCUCAGCAAGACCAUCUUCGUCUCAUCCCUAAAGACGUAGACUGGCCAUCUUUUUGCCGCCUCAUCUCGGAACUCAGCCAGAUUAAAGACACAGCCGUGACGAGGAGAUACUGUUAUGGCGAACUAAGGUUAACGCGGCUCAAUUUAUAUGCGCCACUACUUCUCCGCAAAUUCCAUUUCGAACAGGUGCACGGACAGUACGGAGACUUCUUCGGACGGCUAUACGGGCCAAUACUUUUUGUAUUUGCCGUAGUUUCUACGAUCCUGAACUCGAUGCAGGUUGCACUUGCGGCUGACCAAUUGAGAGCCUUUCAUUGGGAGACAAUGUGGCACAAAUAA